CUAAAGCAGGCCGCACGUGUAUCGCGCAAUCAGUUAGAGCCCACUGGGCUGAACUGAAUCGAGCGUACGUCUUGAACGAAAUAAAAAAAAUACAUUUCGAAAAAAGAACGAAUAGGCAUCGCGUAUCUAUAAUCCCUGAAGGGUGUUGAACGCGGUACCGAUUUUUAUUUUAUUUUUAAAUUAUUGUUUUUGAUUUUAUAAAUCGAGUGGUCAACUGUGAAAGUGGUCACCGCUCGCCGUCCGUUGUAUGAAGUGGAAGGGCAAGGCACGCAUCACCAGCUCUUCGCGAAGCUUUGAGGGUACUGCGAGAGGCGUGGACAGAACCCAGAGCGCUCAGAGACCGCUGGAAAGCGGUGAGCGAGGAUUCUUGUGAAACGUGCGAGCAAGCAAGCCUGAGAGCCAACAUGUGGAGUGGCGAGGUGCCAGCGAGGCCCUCUGCGUCGCCAGGGCUCCUGCGGCGGAGGUACUCCAUGCCCGAGACCAUCAUGAGGAAAUAUCGGUUAGCCCAGCAACGCUCAGAAGGUGAGGGUGAAGACACCGGCAGAUGGAGUGCGACGGGAGCAUCAUCAGGCACGCGAGCAUCUUGCGCAUGGUGCGGCGCUCGAGCCGGCGGUGCACGACGGGAAAGAGAACAUAUGCGCAAAUCUGCGCUUCUACGCCUCUGGGGACGCGCAGGAGCUUCCCCUGCCCGCGCUUGUCCUUGCGUACCUUGCGCUCCGUGUGGAACACGCUCUCUAGACGCAUCCCAUUCUGAACUGCAUACUUCACCGCGCCGGUUACGCUUAGAUACAUCCCGAGACCGUAAUUCAGACUCAUCAGGUUCUCCAGCGAGAGCUGCGUCGUCUUGCACAGAUCCAAUACCAGAUGUUUCACUACACAGAGUAGAAUCACCCAGACGUAAUAUACCAGAUACGAGAAUCGUUCGCACUCCAGUUGACAGUCCGAUACUUCAUAUAGACGAUCGAUCUUUUACAGACUCCUCGGAUGCUUUAACCACAUCGAUGCCUACUAUGAAAGAAAUUGGACGCAAAGGGUCGGAAUCAUUUGCUCUGCUUUCGACAAGCGAUUAUAUUGACGGACGAGUGAGUGAAAGAUCAGUUAGUGCAGAGAAUGAAGAAAGCAACAUUGUGCCGUAUUCCAAACCAUUAACUCUGGAGACUCCCUACGAUAUUUUAGAAAUUGUUGUAUCGGAAACAUUAGAUAUUCGACCAGCAGCACCAGCUAUUAAAAAUGUUCCACCUCAAAAAUCACCUCCACAAAUCAUCAGGAAUCCGGUGUUGAAUCCACAGAUUAAUUAUAAGAAAUUACCAAACAUUGACUUAGAUGAGUACGUUUCAAACAUAUUGGUAGAGAGCCUCAAUUCAUUGACAGAUCAGUUGGAGUCAAUGAAUGCAACGAUUGGUAACGAUAGGAAAAUGAGCAUAGUUGAAAAAGAAAUAAAGGUGAAGCUCCAGAAUACAGGUGUCAACACAAUUGUGCACUUGAGUCCGACGUCUAACAAUCAAAUUAUUUUUGGCAACGAGGAACUGUAUGAAAGUGAUAAUAAACGUGAUGGCUGUAACAAUCCGCGGGACGUCUGUAGUAGCAAUAUACGUGAAAGUGCAAUUAGCAUUGAAACAAAUAACAACUUUACAUCAGCGGAGAGCCUCAGAAUUGAUGAUGCAUCACAUCCUACCAAUCAGCCUAAAACCGAGUCGUUUUUAAAUAUUCCAAGUGAAACAGUGAACAAAGCUGUCUUACAACAGAUUCAAAAACUUUUUCAGGAGGAGCUUCAUAGUAUGGAACCUGAAAUCAACUCACCAGAUGGUACCAUGCCGAGUAUAUCACAUAUCGAAAUUUCAAAUGUUGAUGUAUUCAUAGACAAUAACGGUGGUCUUUACUCCAACACGGAUGAAAUUGAAGUACAAACGCAAAGAAAUUCCUCAGAAUACGAAGUACUGGGUGGUGUUGGUGCAGGAAAUUAUUACGAAGAAAAUGACGACAGUGCUAUUGUUCCAAGGUUUUCCGCUUUUCCGCACACGGAAUCAAUGGAAGUAAAUACUUCAUCAUCCGAGGAUGCUGAACUUUUGGGAUCUGAUUGCACAAGUCUUGUUGAUAGCUUAGAUGAUCCAAAUUCCCCACGAUCGAUUCUUCUCCGAAGGUCGAUUAGUAAUAACAAAAGAAAUGAGUUAGUCCGUUCAGCUAUAGAUGUUUUAGAUUUAUUACCAGAAAAUGCAGAUAAAAAUGGCAGCAUAUCUCCAAAAGAAAAAGGCGAAGCCUUCUUCAUAAGAAUAAAAGAUGAUGAUUGCGAUUGCGAAAAGGAAAAUAUUAUUGUAGCUGAUCAUAUGCCUGAAACAAUAAAACAGAGAUUAUUUAAAAGACACAGAAAAAGAGAAAUGCGUAUGGAAUGUGCGAGGCGAAGUAAAGUUAAACAGUUAAAAAGGGACCUUGAACACGAAAAUCUUCAAAACCAAAAAGCAAUGUAUAAAUCAAAAAAAGAAAUGGAAAAAGAAUGUAUGUUAAUUAUAAAUGCUCUCAUUGACGAUGUAAUUGCUAAAAUUGCCCAAGAUGAAUAUAAAUGUAUGCGUAUAAGUCAACGGUCAAAUAAAUUAGUUGCAGCUAAGUCAGAUGAAAAUCUAUUAAGAAAACAUUGGAAGAAAGACGUUGAAAAUAAUAACAAUAGAAACGCUCGCAAAUUAGGCAAGACUGUGGUUUCCCAUUCAUGUUCGGACAGCCUUGAUAAGGAAUAUAGAAAAGGAGAACGUCUGAUUCGAGGGAAACUUUCUACGCAAGCACAACAGACAUCGAAUUCGUCGACAGAUGAGAGUCCUCCGAAAAGGAUCUAUCAGAAAUCAGAGAUACGCGAUGGGAACAAAUGUAUAGAAAUUUUAGAAAUUCUCGAAUAUGUGAACAGCUCCCAAAACUCUGACACUACCAAUUCAGAUGAAAAUCAUAACUUGAGCUUAAGGAAUAAGAAAUCGAGAAUUCCUGUUCCUGUUAAUGAAAAAGUUCAAAGGAUACAUAAAGGCAGUUCCCAAAGAAGCCAGAAGAUUAAUGGAAGCAGAAUAACUCCACCGAUCCUCUCACGAGAGAGAAACGGCAAGUCGAGCCAGCUGCUAGCCAGUAUGCUUCUUGAUGCUCUUGAAGAUGAUGAUACCACCCACGACGUGCCAGUACGUCGUGCUUCCGUGCCUUGUGAUUCACGUGCCAGAUCAAACUCCCUACGUUUUAAAAACGUAUUCGACAUAAUACCCGAAGAACGGAGUAGUCUUAGUAUAGAAUCAACCGACGAUUCGUAUAACCGUAGAGCAUCGGCUCCGAGUUUGAGUGAAGGAUUACAUUCCACUGACCAAGAAGAGCGAAGAAUCCGACCACCCGAUCAAUAUCGAUCGAAAGAGUCUAGAGUUCCUGAUGUGAGGAAUACGGGGACGUCUCCUAUGACCGAUCCUUAUCGGGCACAAGUUAGUGUAGGUGCGAUGACGUCUCCGAUACGAAAAUCUGCUGGGACCAGUCCGAUUCGGAUAUCCAGUGCAGAAGCGAGAGAACGAGUUCAAUACCAGCCACCGAUUAGCCAUCAGCAACAGAAGGCCAAGCGCGUGACACCGCAGAGACGGGAGGAGGAAGGUAUCCCACGCACCCUCGCACCGAUCUUAUCUCACCGCACAGCUUCCACCAUAUCCCUAGAGCGAAUAGCAAGAGAUAGAUAUCACCGCAUCAGUCGCAAUGGAUUUAGGGUGUCUAGUCCAACAAGACGUUCAUCAGUAACGUCACAGCACGAGCCUACUAGACGUCUGCGAGGUGGUUACAGCGAGAGUGAGACAGUGAAUCCUCUCUUUCGGCUUAAACGUGGGAAGAAACAGGACGGACUUCUUGGGUCAAACUUGGUGGGUUCUGAAAGACGCUCUUCGGAGGAAGUGUCUUCCAUUGGAGACAUAGAUCGGAGGAAAGAGCGGUCGAGAGUCAAAGAUGUGUUCGGAGGAAGACGGGGCAAGCAUGAAAUUAAGGUCGAGUCGCAAAAGAAGGAGCGAGUACAGAAGGCCGCGUACGGGAGGAGUGAGGAGGAUGGGGCGGAAGAGAUGUGGAGUUCAAGCGAGUCCAGUGGCAGCUUGCUUUGCUCUCUAGCGCCUGCGUGGCUAACUGCACGACGCAGGCGACGACGGGCCGCACCGCCAGGGGAAUGGGCAGUAACGGUGGCGGGUUCAUGCCCAGCGGCGCUGCCCAACGAUGUGGAGAUGCGCCUGCGCUUCCCUGACCCGUAUCGCCGGUCUACUGCGCCCACGCUGACCCCGCAGGCCAAGCCGCAACCACCACCACCUUCUUGCCCCCGCGCCGUGGAAUGCGGUGCGCAGUGUUCGCAGGGAGGGCGUACUCGGCGUGUCUUGGACGACGCAAGUAGACUCACUCUCACCGUGAAGAAGGAGGCUUCAGACUCUUCAAUCGUUGCAUCGAAGAGUGUCAAGAAGUCAUCGGAUCUUCUACCUGAUUUGCAUACAUACCGCGCCUCGCGCAGUAAAACCCGAAGCUCCGUCAAGACGCGGCGAGGGUACUCCCUGCACUGUUGGCUACCGGAAGACGAACCUACGCCGAUAAGAGCACGUAACGGCCUUGCAGUGGAGGGCAGUGCUAUCGUGCCACAUCAAAAACCGAGAGUGCCUUCUAUGAGUGAACGAGACCUUACCCGUGGACCCCUUUCCAGACACCUCCGACAUCUCUUCUAGAUUAUAUCAU